AAGAAGCCAAGUGGUGUGCAUUUAAACAACAACAGACUUAAAAGGUCACGGUAACAAUCCCUUUCUCCUUCCAGCACUAACGACAUUCAAAUUGGUAGAGGAGUGCUUGAAUUUGCAUGGCAAAUCAGUACAGGACGCUGUUUAAUUAUAUUGAAAUAUACAGACCUACAUCAGGCUUGGAUCCAAUUGGAUGUAAAACAGAUUGUGAAUGCCCACAAGAUAUCUCUUUCAAGGUAAAUGAACAAAAGCCAUCAGGACAGCUACAACACCUUCUGCCAAGUAAUUACAAAAGCAAUAUAAAGCUGGAUUGGACUCGCAAAUAUAUACAUUGCGGCAAACUUUCCGAGCCUAAAUGUAUUCUGCAUUGUUUGCUGCUGGAGUCCUGAUAGUGGGGAUUCCCUACUGUCUGUCUGUGGCUGGCCAGUGGUUACAUGGCCUGCCAAGUUUACCUGGAUACAAAAAGUAUUUGGAAGCAAUAAGUCCAAGGAGAGUCUACAACCUAACAGUGGCAUUACUAGAUCUGCUAUCAUACUUCAGGUAUACAAACUUGUACAUCCAGUGGAAGGCUUGUUAUAGAAGCCUAAACGAAGCAUCAUGUGUAAAGGACAUACAGUUUGGGAAGAAUGAAAACAGACUGGACGUUUACUUUCCCACAGCGAAGGGGUUUGAUAAGAGUGCUCGCCUGCCUGCUCUCAUAUAUGUUUUUGGAGGUGGCUGGGAGUCAGGCUCAAGGACCAUGUACUGCCUGCUGGCUCAGCAACUGGCCAAUGACUUAAAUGUCGUAGUCAUUUGCACCGACUAUUCACUUUAUCCUAAGCCCACUAUAGGGGACAUAGUCCAGCAGAUUAACAGAAGUUUGUUUCAAAUAAAGGAACCCCAGCUCCGCUCUGUUAUCAAGAAGUGCACAAUUGUAGAUAUGGUCCAGGACCUGAUUGAUUGUAUUGGAUGGACAAGAGACCAUGGGCACAGUUAUGGAAUCGACAAGGAUAAAGUGACACUGAUGGGUCACUCAUGUGGGGCCCAUCUCUGUGCACUUACUGCUAUGUAUUUGGCUGGAGAAAAUGAGGAAAUCGAGAUUGAUACCACCAAGCAGAGAGAGCUUCUAUCUUCUUUAAAGGGCAUAAUAGGUCUGAGUGGAGUGUACCACAUUAACGACCACUACAGACAUGAAACCUGGAGAGGGAUUGAAUAUGUGUCUGCAAUGUGCAGGGUCAUGAAGGGAGAAGAGAACUUUGACAGAUACUCGCCAGCGACGUAUAUCAGCACACUGACUAAAGAAAGCACUUCUAGGUUACCCCCUUUCGUUCUGCUGCAUGGGAUCAAGGAUAAAGUGGUGCCAGUGGAAUCUUCACUGCGCUUUUCCAGCGCUCUUUUGGUGGCCUCUGUGAAAGAGACGCUGCACGUGUUACCAGACGUGGAUCACACAGCUAUCGUCAUGGACCUUAUGGACAGAAAUAGAAGCAGCUACACAACACUGCAUGAACACGUACGCAAAGAACUGCAAAAUAUUUACUUCUAAUGGAUAAAGAAGCAUCUUUUUUAAUUUUGGGGUUUAAAAUUAAUUGAAAUGAGAGCUUCAAAAGAAUUCUAGGUUAAGGAAAGCUAUGUUUACAUGCCUUACUUUCAGGUAGCUUUAGGUCAUUUCCCUUUAGUGAUAUUGUCCCCACCCCUCUAACAAACUGGGUACAUCCCCCUAAUCAAUGUCAUGCUUGAAGUCAAUGACUUGCAAGUGAAAUUAUCUACUGUAAGAAGUGAAUCAGACCCUUUUAAGCCUUCACAUGUCAUUGUAAUUGGUUAUUAACAGUUUCCUUACUUCUUUACAGAAUAUGCAUACAUAAACUGCAGUAUGAAUAUGAAUACAUAAGUAAAUGUAUUUACAAUUAACUUUUCUACAAAAAUCAAUAAACAGUUAAUUGUCAAGCAAAGUUAUUUUAACCCAUUAAGUCCAAAUAAAAUUUUC